AAAAAAAAAAAAGGCCUCCGGAGGGAGACUGAGAUAGAUAGAUAGAACUCUCUCUCCAGCUCACUUCACUUGUAAAUCGUCUCAAAAGCUGUGAGAAGAAGCCAUUUUACUGCUUUGACUGAUUGAUGGAUCAACGCUUCAAAAGGAAAUUCCCUUGCUAAGUUUGUGCCUGGUUGAGAAACAGUGAAUGAUACUAUGGGCGUCUCAGGGAAGUGGAUUAAAGCUUUGGUUGGUCUAAAGAAAUCUGAAAAGGCAGAGUCUUCAGAUAAGGAUGUAAAUAAUCAAGCCAUCUCUAGGACUGGAAAAAUACGGCACCGAAGGAAACGAUCCAUUGACAUGGACAAUGAAAAACUCCAAAAUGAGUUUAACCAUGACGCUGCUCCUUUUGGGGAUGCCAAUAUCCACUCAGUCACUGAUGUCCAAGAUUCACCUUCCACUUCACAACAAGUACAGGGUGCCGCAUUUGGGCAUCAAAUUAUGAGGGAGGAAUGGGCAGCAACACGCAUUCAAACAGCAUUCCGAGGAUUUUUGGCCCGAAGAGCACUACGGGCUUUGAAAGGAUUGGUACGGCUUCAGGCCCUUGUAAGAGGUCAUGCUGUGAGGAAACAAGCUGCCAUAACUCUCCGUUGUAUGCAAGCUUUGGUGAGAGUCCAGGCACGUGUUCGAGCAAGGCGUGUGCGCAUAGCCUUAGAAAGUCAAUCAGCACAACAGAAACUUCAGCAACAACUUGCAAAUGAAGCUCGUGUUCGAGAAAUAGAAGAAGGUUGGUGUGACAGUAUGGGAUCUGUUGAAGAAAUUCAAGCCAAAUUAUUGAAGAGACAGGAGGCUGCAGCUAAACGAGAGAGAGCAAUGGCAUACGCUCUGGCACAUCAGUGGCAGGCGGCAUCAAGACAGCAGGCUGCUUCUUCUGGAUUUGAACCAGAUAAGAGUGGCUGGGGUUGGAAUUGGCUGGAAAGAUGGAUGGCUGUCCGUCCUUGGGAGAAUCGUUUUCUUGACAUUAAUACAAGGGAUGGAGUAAUGGUGUGUGAAAAUGGAGCAGUGGAGGGUAAAAAUGAAAUCAGAUCUCAAUUAAGAUCUGCUAGCAAGAAAUCGGUUCUGCCAAGUAUUAGUCCAAACCUUACCAGUCAGAAAACCGGGCCAUCAUUAUCUGAUGGUUGUGACUCUUCACCUAGCAAGUCUGCUGGUUUGCUGGAGGCAUCAAAACCGCAGAUUAAGACGAAAUCUAAUGCAAAUGUUGCAACUGAAGAAGCCAACUCAAAACCUGGGCUUGGUUCGAGAUCUCAUAGUAAUCCGAAGGAGCGAACCACACAAGCUGAUAAACAGGCAAAAAAAAGAUUAUCUCUGCCUAACAAUGCAGGGGGAGGCGCCGGAGCUCAAACAGCCAAAAAUCCUGCCAGAACUAAUGUGAAGGGGGCAAUCAGCACUCAAAAAGCUGUUCGUGACAAGCCUAAGCUCAGUGGAAGAGGCGAUGUGAAUUCAACAAAAACUGUUCCUCAACACGCAGAAAUGUAAUGCUAGAGAAAUAGCCCCACCUCUCUCCAACUUAGGCACCUGCCCGUUGUCUGUUUGUACAUACUAUCCAUGCUUUGUGAUUAUUAGGGCUUGAAAUCGGUAUGCACAAGAUCCUCCAUGGAGAUGCUGAUUUGCUGUGGUAGUGAGCGGGUUGGUUGCUUGGGUUCCAGGAUAUUGGCUUGGAGGAGUGUUUUCGAAGUUGACAAAUGUUUGUUGUAAUUAUGCAUUAUUUAUUCUUGUCGGUUGUGAUAAUGCGGUAUUUAUCCUCAACUGUACAACCUCUGGAGUGCGAUUGCGGGGUAUCAGUUCUUUGUGUUCUUUUCUAGGAACAUACAGGUGUUUUUUUGUGGAUGAAGCUGGAGAAAAUGAGGAAAGAGUUAAAUAAAACAUCGUCUAUAUUGCUUUUAAUUUUAAUAAAAGUCAGUUUAUUAA